GUGUUGGCGCGCUCAAAACUUCUUCUGUGGUGGUGGUAUCGAGUGUCGUUGUAGUGGCCCACAAUCUCCGCAAAUCUCCGCAAGUUAGAUCCACACCGAGUGUCUUGUACUGCUUGUGCUCGCCGCCACUGAACCCAAUCUUCUGAACUGCAGGUUUACAGCAGUAGCUGAUGCCACCAGCUACUGCUGACAACCCGCAGUUGAGGGGUUUGCGGUCCGUGGUGGUGAGCACCGCUGUGACAAGUGUUGGGUUCCGCUUGGUUCCGGCGCAGAUUUCGGACCGUUUUCAGAGGCUGCUGCGACCUUCGAUAUUUCAGCCCCAGUAGUAUACCUGAACGUGCCAGCACGCACGACGCCUCUUGAUGAUAUCCUCUACUGAUACUAGCACAACGGACCAGGUUCCUCCGGCGGGAAGGUUGUUUUCUUUCUUUGUACUGUUAUAAAGUAUGAGAAAGGAGCCAGCGUCAAAAUCCCUUGUCUGGGUACCCUUAAUGUGAAGACAACAACAACAACAACAACAACACAGGUUGCGGAGAUGCGAGUGGAAUGUUUGUGGUCUUGAUCACGCAGAAAUUACCAGGAACGCAAUAUUUUACUACGGCGGAGCCCCCUUUUCGGCAGCAGACUUGGUACCGCUCGGCACAACCAACCUACAUCAGACCUUCCGCCUCCACCCCCACCCCAAGGCUACCCCCACAUUACACUCACAACCGCUGCUAAACAAUCAUGGAGAACGAUGGAGGUCAACGUUCUCAUGAGAAGGGUGGCCCGGUUCAGAUGCCAGGUGGUCAUGGCAACACGAGUCCUCCGGCGAGGGCCGCUCACCUCGCCAGAGUUUCGGUGAACAUACAGCAGGAAGGCCAAGGACCUCCUCCUCCUAAUACCGCUGCCCCGCGGUUUAUAUACCAGGCUGGUGUCCAGGAAAGCCCCCCACAAGAUCGGUCGACAGGACGCACACGCAGCAGCUCCUCACGCUCCCACGCCGCUUGAAGCAUCCCUAUCUCCAUCACCUCCGCCUCCGCCUGUGUAGCACUCGUAAAAUCUGUGCCGCUCGCAGCAUCGCCGUCAUCCUCGUCACGCCGACUUGGUCUGUCACUCAAGAGCAUGUAGUCUAGAACGGUAUGCUGCGGUUCAAAUGGCGCAAAUGCACCAUAUCGGCAGCAUGCAUUGCACCGGGUCUGGCGUGCAGUGACGACUGUCUAACUGUCUUGCGGUACUGUAGCUGGCUCGCCAUGGUAGUGUGUAUCACGGCCGAGGUGUGGGUGCAUAGCUAGCCUCACGGGCUGGUGCGGCAUGCGUUUGGACAACGUCGGGAGUACCUCGGGGAGUAUAGGCCAACCAGAAACUGUUCCCAAAAAGAUAGAUGCGAGCAAGAUGGAAUUUGAUCUUUUCUGCGGUCGGUCUUUGACGGCAAUUCGUGCAUUUCGUAAAAAAAAAAAAAGCUAUGAUUCCAUUUUUUUUUUUCUGCUAUUUUCUCUGACGCUAUGAUUCCAUUGUUAAUCUGUCUCGGACUCUUAUCUAUGAUAGAGAUGGACUCGUUGUGUCAUAUUAAGAAAAAUAAAAAAUGAGAACAUGUGGAGUCGGCCCCGCGUGGUAGCCCAGAUGCCCCUGAAAACCGGUGGCAUGCUAGCGGUGCUGAACGGACCUGGGUGAUGCGCUACCCUCGCUCGGGUGGCUCGCUGUCUGGGGACGAUAUUUUUCCUGGCACCAGGAAUCAAAAAGGCUACGUUAGUACACGUCGAUCAAGUUUGGUGGUUUGCCCCCACAAGGCUAAUGACUUCUUCUUGAGGUCUGACCCACCAGGGUGAUCUUUUGGUAGUACUAAUUUCGUUACUUGAUAUUAUUUGUGCUCUUAUGCAUAUAUUGACAACCUUCGUCGGUGUCCGACAAGGAAUAUCCUCAUGUGAUAACUUACUGCCAUGCCCAAAUAAUACCAACUCCGCACGAGACACACACAAUUUUAACGAGCUACACCAUACUAACCUCUUCAUUCAACGAGAUAGAACACCCGGUUCGUAAUACUCGAGAACAGUGUGGGGAGUCUGCACAUUUUCUGGAUAUACAAAUUGGGCAGGAUAUUCCGGGGAAGCACUGCGCUCGUUCGCUCCUUCCUACUGCUGCUUGCGACUGACUUGGGCCCUCCAAAACUCCGACAGGAUCUGGGAACAACACGGACACAGAGAGUACCCCCGUACCCAUACGCACAACCUCUCAUUCCUCCCUUGUCAAAUACAAAUGAUGUCUUAUUAUCCAUGUAGAGUAUGAGACAUUACGUGAAAGUUUUCUGAGGUACAUCUGCAAUUGUCGGAAGGGCAAAAAAAGAAAGAAGAAAAUGAUGUAGCAUGCAUGAAAUGAUAAACUCUGUCUAUUAUUAUUAUUAUUAUUGAUGUUUUGUUUGCCCUCCGACCAUUGCAGAUAAAUGCAGACACACAUAAAAAGUCGUACAGGCCGUCAUGCCAAGCCAAAUUAACUCGAUGCCCAGUAGCUAGGAAUGUUUGCCUCUAAGUCAACAAAACUUUGGUUGAAACACUUAACUCUAGGCACGAACCUUAGAUGGAGAAAAACAAACAAAACCCCAACCUCAUCCACCCGAAAUCAAACAAAACUCGGCCCCGUCUUCCCUGGUACCCCUGACACCGUAUCGAACAGAAAUCCGCUUUCCACCGAAGUGGUUAGGUUAAAGCUGUCGCACGCAUAUUCGGGCGCGCAAAAGUCUGUGGGUCAUUGCUGAUCGAUACUGCCACCGGUCACACCAAGAGAGAAACAUCCGCCGUCUUGCUCUUUCUCAGGCACCCCCCACUCAAGCCCAUGUUCCCCCAGACCCCCGACACUGCCACCCCCUGUUCCUACUUCCUUGCCACCUGCAACGACAAGGGCCAAGCCCUCCCCCCUCGGCACUCCCGACACCGUGUCGAACAGAAAUCCGCUUUCCACCGAACGAAGUGGUUAGGUUAAAGCUGUCGCACGCAUAUUUCGGUGCGCAAAACUCUGUCUAGACUUAUGGUCCGCGCUGCCCACAAAUAGGAGAGGUAACCACACCUCCUGCCUACACACGGACGAGAGAGGUGAACAUACCCACUGCACUUAACACACACCCACAUGUCGGUGAUGAAACCCCGUCAACCACACGCCUCUAUCGGCGACCACGUCAUCAGGAUGCAAUAAUGAGAAAAUCUUCUCCCGUGCCCUUCGCACAUUUGACGACAUGAAAUUACACAACAUAAUAUACUACCUCUGUCCGAGAAUAUAAGCAAGGUUUGGAAAUCCGGGAAUAUAAGCAAGCUUUCUCGAUGAAGGUGUUUCAAGGUGUUUUGGACACCGUUUCCUUCCUAUUUUUUUGCGUCAAGCUCGGAUAUGAUAAGCGGCCAAGAAAAAACCAACAUAAGAGGGGAUGAUAAGGUUUCAUCCCCUCCCCGGAGAAACAUUGAUUUCCCUGCCAUAGCGCUCAGUAGGGAAAAAGGGGUCCCAUUUUUUCUCUCGUUUGCGGCAAUGAAUAGUGCUUUUUUCCUCGUUUUUUUUUCUUUGUAUUUUUGGGUACUUGAACAACCUGUACAAUCACGUUGCGAAGUAUCUUCGAUAGUUCUUUGGUGCUGACCGGGACCAAAGUUCCAGAGUGGCAAAAAUCAGCAACUUCGAGGGGCCAAAAUGAAGGGAAGGCGUAAAAAAAAAAAAAAAAAAAAGCGUUUUUCCGAAAAAAAAAGGUGUUUGAACCCAGGAUCGAACUCACGGCCACUGAACAGCUCGCUUUCGCGGUGUAUUUUGCCUUACGACCAAACCUUGCUUAUAUU